UUUUAAUGUACAUCCGGUUGUCAACAAAACAAAUUUACUUAAGCUUGAAGUCUUGAUCUGUUUGACCUUUGACCUAUAAGAUGUCGUGGCGCUUCAAGUGCUACGUUUAACCCCAUCAUCCCCAGCCACUGUUACUGGACGACCUGGAGUCUCUAUGAACACAGUCGCUCCAAGCUACCCUCCAUGGGUUAAGGUCGUGCGCAGAGGUCAAGGUCAUGGAUCUCUACAUUUUCAGUGAGAUAGAUCUAAACCUGACAGAUUUACCAGAGACACAGUUCAAAGUUCGGGAAAACAUUCUUUAUAUGAGCUAUGUCCUGAUUAUAGCGCCGUACGUUAUGUUAGUCUUUGGAGUACCAGGGAACCUGCUGAGUAUCGCUGUGCUGUCCAGGCGUGCUAUGAAAGACAAUAUCUUCUCUGUCUAUUUGAUAAGUCUAUGUUCCUUUAAUAUAAUGACAAUGUGUUUCAACCUGCCACGUUUCAUCGUCUACGGCGAGACCGGGAAGGAGUUCAGUUUUCCCAAUGACUUUGUUUGUAUGUUGUAUCGAUGGUUGUCCAAGACGUUAAUCGUGGUCACUAACUGGCACUUAGUCGUCAUCACUGGAGCGAGACUUACAUUUAUACUGGACAGGAAGAAAAAAGUCCACUACUAUAAGCACAAUCCACGGAGUUCUAUUUUUCUGAUCUGCCUGUUCGCCAUCUUGUUUGAACUUCCGGUUGUCGUCUUUUGGAUUCGGUUUGUGAAUAUUGAAAGCAACGAGACAGUAUGUUACCUGCCAGGCACGUCAUUGUGGGUCUACCCGCAAGUCCUGAUCCAAGGAAUUCUUCCAGCUCUGCUUCUCAUUCUGAUGAACUCCUGGAUAUUUUACAUUCACAAACACAGAGACACCGGACUGAUCUCCUCAUCACAUACUAACAAAAUGGUCCGGCAGCUGGCGGUCUUAGCCUUUGUGUCCAGUCUUCAGUUUCUAGUGACUAUGAUUCCGAUCUGCAUCGUGUACCCUGGGCGGAAACGCUUGUUUGACCUUACUACUCAGCUUGGACGGUCGAGAGAGAAUUUAGCCUACAGUCUCGCUUUAAUGUUUCAACACUUCAACUACAGUACAAACUUCAUCGUCUACUGUUUCUUUGGGAAAAGGUUCCGUGUCGAAUUAUGCAGGCUGCUGCUGCAACUGCUUAAACCUUGUGGUGCGAAAAACUUUGAACCAAAAGAAUAUCUCAGCAGCACAAGUAACUCGGAAGUAUCCAGAAUAAGAACUGAAAUGUCAUUGACUAGUGUAGCCAAGGCGAUGGACCAAGACAAAAUUGACAGCCUGAUAAACCAACUGACCCCUCCAACUGACAGCGCUUGCAAGAAAUCAAAUAGCAGCGAUCACAAAAGUAUAAGCUCUUACAUGGCAGCGCUGGAUAGUAAUGGAAGAGGAGGAAAAUAGCAUUGAACUUCCGGUUACCCAAACAUGAAUCCUCAGAAGAAUGUUGUUGUCACCCUGAACUAAACAAAUUAUAAACUUGUAGCUGACGAUACCGGGCACAGACCGUAUCGAUACUUAGUCCCAAAUGGAAGCAAA